UAAGCAUAGACGAAUUUCUGAUAAACGAGUCAAAAUGUUUUCCCUCCACGGCUCUAAAGACUUUCUUUUGAUAUUAUUUUCAGUCUGUGCGCUCAGCAGUUCAAUUAAUUCUCAGCCAACCUACAAUAAACACUUUUGUUUGGAUCAAUCAAAUGAAACCUCCAACACCUAUUACCAAUCCAACCUCACGGAGCUGUUGGAGUCUUUAUCCUCUAAAGCUUCCCAAAACUACAGCUUCUACAACGAAAGCUCUAAUAUUGGCAUCUACGCCCUCUUCCUCUGCAGAGGUGAUGUUUCUAAUAGUACCUGCCAAACCUGUGUAAGCUACGCGAUCCGAGAUAUCACAACUCGAUGUCCAUCUAACAAAAGUGCCAUCAUAUGGUACGAUCAGUGCAUGCUACGCUACUCCGAUGUUAAUUUCUUUGGACAGGCACAGACAUCGCCAUUGUUGCUCAUAUGGAAUUUGCAGAAUACUUCUUCACCCGACCAAGAAAAUUUGUUCGCACGUUCUCAGUUGGGAAGUUUAAUAGCGGGCGUCAAUGAAAAACACAGGUUAUUCUCGAUUGCUAAUCAGACACAGACUAUUGAUGGUAAUGCGUCUGCGACAGGCUAUGGGUUGGUGCAGUGUACUAGAGAUGUCGAUGGUGAAUCGGUGAUUCAUGCAGAGAGUGCUUAAGUGUCUUGUUAAAUACAAGCCAAAAAUGUUGCGAAUCCAAAAUUGGGUGGCGCAUCUGUGGCCCGAAUUGCUUUCUGAGGUAUGAAGACUACUCUUUCACUGAGCCACCAC